AUGCCGCCUAUGGCCCGCGUCCAGAACAACGCGCAGCUGAGCCGCGAGCUCUCCGAAGGGAUACCCGAUGCUGGCAUGUUCGAGGACAUGCCAAAGAUCAAACAGAUCGCAGGGGAAUCGGCUGGACCCCGAGUCCCAGGCAAGGUCGUCAUCAUCACCGGCGCAAACUCACCGCUCGGUAUCGGCCGCGCCAGCGCCCACCAGUUCGCUCGCAACGGCGCCCGCGCAGUCUUCCUCUGCGACUACGCCUCCUCGCACCUCGAAGCGCACAAGCGCGAACUCAACUCGCUGUACCCCACUGUAGACAUCCACACGCGCACCUUCGACGCCGCCGACGAGACGGCCGUCAAGAACGUCGUUCAGGAGGCGCUGGAUCUGUAUAAUCGAUUGGACGUCUUCUUCGCGAAUGCCGGGAUCGCCCACGGGAAGGUGUUUUGGGAGGAGGAUUCGGAGGGCUUCAUGCAGAUGAUGAGGACGAAUACUCUGAGCGUGUUCCUCGCUGCAAAGUAUGCCUCGCGGGCCAUGUUGAAGACGAGCAAGGACAAGCCGUAUCCUCAGGGCAGCAUAAUCGGCACGGCAAGCGUGGCCGGCCUGCGCUCGAAUGCCGGCCCCACAGAUUAUAGUGCCAGCAAGGCUGCCGUUAUCAGCUUGAUGCAGACGUGUGCGUAUCAGCUGGUUGGUACGGGCAUCCGGUGCAAUGCUGUUUGCCCCGGACUGAUUGAGACGGGUAUGACGAAGGCGACUUAUGAUGCGGCCAGGAAACGGGGUACGGAGGGGAAGAUUGGGCAAUUGAACCCGCUCAGGAGGGGAGGCCAGCCUGACGAAAUCGCUCGUGCGGUGCUAUUCCUGGGAAGCGAUGAGAGCAGCUAUGUCAAUGGGCAGGCGUGGGCUGUGGAUGGAGGGUUGAGCGCCGGACACCCGUUCGUACCGGGAAAGCUUGCAUAG